UUAGCAGCUGCAUAUCCGAAGCGAAGCACGUUCAGUUUUUUUUUUUAGAUUAGCGCGGCCAAGCUGAGCAAAUAUUUUAAAUUUCUGUUAAUCAAAACAAAAGCUUAAACAUAAAGCAAGUAAACAUGUCCCAAACGCGCUUCAUUCAGCUUUGCGGUUUCAUUUUGUUUAUCUGCUGCAGCUUAGCGGUGGUGAGCGGGCAAUCCUUCAUAACUCCAAGAUUGUGUCCACGCCACGAGACUUACACCUCCUGUGGCCCAUCUUGUCAAACCGAAUGCGCUACGUUGAAUCAGCCAUGUUUGAUAAGACAUAUUCGCUGCCCGGAUGGUUGUUAUUGUAAUGCGGGCUAUGCACGUAAUGCUAACGGUGUUUGCAUUCCCCAGUCGCGGUGCCCGAGAUGAUGAAAGGGGAAGAGAAAUAUGCGAAAAAUAAAUAAUAAAAUUCGAUUAUUA